AAGUGGACCAAUUGCCGAUGGUCAUGGAAAGAACGGGAGAGGGUCUAUGUUGCUAGUGCCGGUCUCGUCACUAAGUUAACCAGUCUCUAGCACGCUACGUAGCCUUUCACUCUUUCACUCCUAGGGCCAACAGUCAUGGUUGUGACAGCACGGUGGACAGCACGUUAGGUUGUGACAGCACGUUAGACGCAGUCCUGAUACGUCAGAUGAAAGCUCCUUGCUCUGGCCGCUUCUCAUUAUUCUCGUAGUUAUUAGGUUUCGAGCUUCCAGUUUCUCGCUGGAGCUUUCUGCUCUGUAGCUUCCUGAGACUGAACCCUUGCCUCUGCUGUAGCAGCAGGCGUCUUUCGUCGCCCGCUUUUCGGUGCAACUUCACGAGGGAUUUUCCCGUUUUGCUUUCUACCAUGGCGCUGGUUCAGAAGCCCGUAUCGGAUCACUCGGAAGACGAGGACAGCGCCUCGAACUGUUCGCUCGAUCUCGACACUCGCACGGGUGGUAACCCGUCGCACGCGGACACGGCGACGUCGUCGGCGUCGUCGUCAGCGUCGUCGUCGGAGAACCUGAUUUCGCUGCUGCCGGACGACUGCCUGGCGUCCGUGUUCCGCCAGCUGAACCCGGCGGACUUGGCGUCAUGCUCGCUCGUCUGCCGUAGAUGGAUGAGCACGGACUCCGAGUCUCGGUCGAACCUGUCGUUGCGCGCGGCGACGGAGCUGACGCAGCAGCUGCCGCGGCUGUUGGAGCGGUUCUGUGCGGUGCAGAAGCUGGUGCUGAAGUGCGACCGCAACGUGCAGAGCGUCGAUGACGCGGCGCUCACGCUAGUUGCGGAGCAGUGCCUGCUGCUGCGGAAACUGAAGCUCAAGAACUGCAAGCAGGUCACCGACGAGGGCAUGCAGCGCUUCACCCGCGCGUGCCCGCAUCUGCGCAAGUUCUCCGUGGGGGGCUGCGGCUUCGGCACGCGCGGACUCAACGCGCUGCUCUCAAACUGCCCGCUGCUGGAAGACCUCACGGGUGAAACGGAGGCGGGCGGAGGCCCCCCGCGGAUCGUCCCCUCGAAGCGCUCACCCCCGCCAACCUCAAGCUGCGCCGCCUCUGCCUCAAGGACCAAUCAAACUCGCACAUCUGGACGCCGCUCCUCGAAGCCUGCGGCAAUCUCGAGACGCUUAUUCUGGCGCGCAACGGCGGGUACUGGGGACCGCGUCUUAGAAUCUUCUCUCGGGCAGAAACGCCUGCCCGAGCUCUCGCAGGUGUAUCUGGAGCGGGUGCAGCUGACGGACCGCGGGCUGCAGGCCGUGGCGCGCUGCCCGAAGCUCGAGGCGCUCGUGGUGGUUCGCACCCCGGAUUGCACGGACGCGGGAAUGGCGGCGAUUGCGGCGGGAUGCACGGGGCUGCGGCGGCUCCACGUGGAAGGGUGGGCGCCGGGGCAUAUAGGCGACACGGGGUUAGGCGCCAUCGCGCGCUGCUGCCGGGAUCUGCAGGAGUUAGUUCUCGUGGCGCACUCGUGCACCGCGGCUAGUCUUAAACCGCUCGCGACGAACUGCCGCGGGCUGGAGCGAUUAACUCUCUGCUCCUCCUCCGCCAUGGGGGAUCUAGAAAUGGCGUGUCUGGCGUACGGGUGCCCGUCUCUCAGGCGCCUCUGCGUGAAAGGGUGCAGUCGGGUUACCGACCUCGGGAUUAUCGCGCUCGCGAACGGGUGCCCCUCGCUACAGCGGCUGAAAGUUCGCCGGUGCUUCAAUGUUACCCCGUCGUCGCUGGACUUUCUGCAGAAGCAGCGGCCCGGGCUGAGUAUCACGCAGGAGCGCACGCGAUCCUCCUCGUCCAGGGGGGAGCAUUCCGCCCAUAGGGGGGAGCAUCAUGGCGCACACGGCGGCGCAAAACGGCGGCGCGCGUGGCGCCGCGAACGGCGCGGCGGGAGGAGGGGUGGUGAUUGCGGAGCCGGUUGAUGGGUUGAUGCUGGGCGGCGGAAGGCGCAGGGCGGGUGGCGCGGGGGGAGAGCACGGCGGAGCGCGUAGGGGCGAAGGCGCAGCAGCGGGGGAGCAACAGCGCUUAGUGCGCGACUUCCCCGGGGUGCACGGGCUGGGGCGCGCGGGCGCAAUGGGCGU